CUGAAGAGGAGAGACACGACGAUGAUUGUGCAUUUGUGUCGUCAACAAAGCAGCAUUUCGCUUUUACUUCUUCUUCUUCUUCUUCCUGUUCUUUUUCCAUUAUCGUUUCCGCCGAGCCGAGCCAUGAACACUUCUUCUUCUACAGCGUCGCGUAAGGCUCUGAGUACGAUUGCUUCGAGAAGACUUCAGAAGGAGUUAUUGGAGUGGCAGCAACAUCCUCCAGCAGGUUUCAAGCACAAAGUGACAGAUAAUCUUCAAAGGUGGAUAAUAGAAGUUCAUGGAGCUCCAGGGACUCUGUAUUCCAAUGAAAUCUAUCAACUGCAGAUUGAUUUUCCUGAACAAUAUCCCAUGGAAGCUCCACAGGUUAUUUUUUCCCAACCCGCUCCCCUGCAUCCUCAUAUCUACAGUAAUGGACAUAUCUGUUUAGAUAUCUUGUAUGACUCAUGGUCUCCAGCUAUGACUGUUAUCUCGAUCUGUAUCAGCAUUCUGUCAAUGCUUUCAAGUUCAACUGCUAAGCAACUUCCUGAAGACAAUGAUCGGUAUGUAAGGAACUGUAGAAAUGGGAGAUCACCAAAAGAGACAAGGUGGUGGUUCCAUGACGAUAAAGUGUAGUAAGUAGAAUCGAGAAAGACUACCACUUUGAUUUACAUCAGAAGAACACUGAUAAAGACUACUUUAUAUAAUAACUGUGUUUUCUGGAUUAUGUUAUUUGUAUAUUAUUACUGAAGGAUGCUUUCUCAUUCAAAUAAUGUUCUAGCUUAACAUUC